AAUAAGUCUGUAUCAUAGACUGUAUCAUAGUCUGUAUCAUAAACGAUUGAAGCGUAGAAGGAAAAUUCUAUAAUCCAUGUGCCGUAAAAAUUUUAGUGAAUAUUGAGGGAACAUUCAAAAAAAGGGAUUGUGAAUUGUAAAUAGAAGCCUGACCAGUUUACUGUUUAUAUAUUUUCGUUGUAUAUUUCCUCGUUCCAAAGUAAUUUCGUGUUCCUUUUCUGCAAGAAAGUCUUCGUUCAAAAAAUGUUUGCGGCACUCUUUGCUUUUCUGCUUGUAACGACAUAUGCUGCAGAGGAACUACCAUCCUACAUUCAUGUGUGUGGCCGCAAAAAUCCCAAUUAUAAUGAAUGUAUCUUGGAUAGCGCCAACAUUGCAAAGAGUAGGGUGUGUACAGGGAUGCCGGAAUUUGACAUUCCUCCUAGCGAGCCACUAAUUAUUGACAAAAUAAUUAUUUUCAACACAAAUAAUCUUAAAUUAAAUCUCGAAGAUGUAAAAGUAACAGGAUUUUGCAAUUUCGAAAUAAAGUCUGUUAAUACAUCCUCUGAUAGGCUUCAUUUGAAAAUGAAUGUCGUGCAAAAACAUAUUGAUGUGCACUCCAAAUAUGACGUCGACAUACGUAUAUUGGUUUCACUUGUUAAUAAGGGACUAGUUAACGUUUCUCUAGAUAACGUAGAAGCAAUAUUGAGCAUUGAUUUAAAAAUAGAAACUAAAAAUAAUAAAACAGAAAUAUAUGCAUCGAAAGUAAACCUUGAUAUCCAUCUUAAAACAUUCAAAAUUGAAUUUGAUAACAGCGAGAAAGAUUUGGUUCAAUUACAUGAAGCUAUUAGACAAGUCGUAAACGAUAAUCAACAGGAGGUGCUUAAUAAAAUUGAGCCCGUAAUGGAAAAGAAAUUCUCUGAAAUAAUUAUGUCAGUUGUUAACAAGAUCACCUACAACAGAAUAGAGCAAGUGUUUCCUGAUAAACCAUAAAUCAUCUAGAACUCUGGAAAUUUUUUAUCACCAAGUCACUAUUAUGCAUCCUAUUAUGCAUCCAAAAGAAUAAUUAAAAUACAUUAUGUACAAUAUAUGUAUGUAUACUUUUUAAUUAUUAAUAAUAA